AUGAGAAGACUGAUCAAGAAAAGGGAAGAGGAAAAAUUCUUCCUUUUUUCUAAUGGGUUCUGUUUGAUCGAUGAAAAAAAAUGUUUGGUGAAUUCUUGGCAAAAUCCCGGGGGUAUUAAAGGCGUUUAUUAUCUUCAAAGAUUAAAAAACAACAAUCGCAAGAGGUUAGAAUAUGGAUUUAACGGCUAUCAGGUGCCACCAACUCCCCGGGCCGCCAGAUCAGCCACUCGAAGGGUUCCAUCAUGGAAGAAAACCGAGGAAAAUAACACUAAUAACAACAGCAAGCAAAUGUGUGCAUUCGAUCUACUGGCGACAGUAGCCGGAAAGUUACUGCAGGAGGGUGGCGGCGGCGGUGGUGGUGGAGAGGAAGCUGAAACCGUUAAGACAGAAAAACAAAUAGAAGAUGAGUACCCUUCGAAUGUUAAUAAUAAUAAUAAUAAUAUUUGUGAUCAAGGAAGCUGCAAUAGCAGAAGCUUCUUUGUGUCUGAAAUAAUCUCACAAGCUCCCAUAAUGGACCCACAACCCGAAUCCUAUUCCGGACCUUCUUCAGGUAUUACCGUUUCCGAUUGCUCCGAGAAGAUUCCGAUUCCGGUUCCGGUUCCUGUUCUUUCCGUUGACAAAGUCAAACUCCCGUUUAGUUGUAAAGUAGACGAUAAGAAUAAUAAUGUAAAUUUAGUUGUUAGAGAUGAUGACGAAAACUCUUCCGGGGUGACUCGGGUUCCUAAUAAAUCCUUUAAGCAACCACCGCGUAUUGGGGAUCGAAGAAUUAGGCGAUUGUUGGCAUCAAAAUAUUGGAAAUCGGAUCCCGAAUUGAACGAUGAAGUUCAUUGUGAUGUUGAUGAAGAAAUGAAAGGUGGUUUCCGUAAUAGGAAAAGUUGCUAUAAACGACCACGAUCGUUGAAGGAUUAUCCGUUUAAAAAGAGACGACUCUAUGAAUUCGAAUACUUUUCAAACUCGGAUGAUGUUGUUAAUAGCGAGGAUCAAUCGAGUCCUCCUCGAAAAGACUCGAUUGAAAAUGGUUCGGGUUUUGGUGUCAAAUCCACCGGAGGUACGAAGACAUCGGGACUUGUAUCGAAGCAAAAUCCAGCUUUUCAGACACGGGAUUCCCAUGUGAAGCUCAAGAUCAAAUCUUUUCGUGUCCCCGAGCUUUUCUUUGAGUUACCGAAAACCGCAACCGUUGGUUACCUAAAGAGGACCGUUAUGGAGGCAUUGACUUCGAUACUUAGCGGUGAGCUACACGUGGGUGUGAUGCUUCAAGGGAAAAAGAUUCGAGAUGAUGACAAAACUUUGGUACAAACUGGCAUACACAAUAAGCUAGAUGCAUUAGGGUUUACAUUGGAGCCUAACCAUUUGCAAGCUCCAUCAUCUCUAAGCCCCGGAGGAGAUCAAUCUUUUGCACCAAAUCCCAUUACCCCUAAGCCGUUGAUAAGGUAUACACCCGGUCCAAAUGUGGCUAAUCAGAUGGUGAUUCAACCGGAGGAGAAUCCUCCGGUUACAAAUUUUGGAAACUUGAUUGAAAGCGAUCAUGACUCGGCACCAUCGCCUCCCAACAUGUCUUUUGAUAGCAAAAGUGGUUCGGGUUCGGGUUCAGAUUCGCGGGCUUUGGUCAGUGUCCCGGCUAUGAACCCGCGGGCACUGGCGGUGGUCCCCAUGAGGAAAUCUAAGCGGUCUGAGGUGGCACAACGGAGAAUCCGUCGACCGUUUUCGGUUUCUGAGGUGGAAGCAUUGGUUCAAGCCGUUGAAAAACUUGGAACCGGAAGAUGGCGUGACGUGAAGUUACGGGCCUUUGAUAAUGCAAAGCACCGCACGUAUGUUGAUUUGAAGGACAAGUGGAAGACGCUGGUGCACACAGCGAGAAUAUCGCCACAGCAAAGAAGAGGCGAGCCGGUGCCUCAGGAGCUUCUGGACCGGGUGUUGGCUGCGCACGCGUAUUGGUCGCAUCACCAAGCCAAACAACAGUUCAAGCAAACACCACAAUCGGAAACUUGUCGACUUCUUUGAAUAAAAUCCACAUUUACAUCUUAUCAUAUUAAAAAAAAAAAAAAAAUUAAAGAUGCGGGUUUUUUUUUUUUUUUUUUUUCGUU